CACCGCAGUAGCUUUGUAAGGGAAUUGGGUCACAUAUCUAGUUCCACCCUCAAACCCCUCCGAGACCCGGGUGUGCUUUUCUCCAUUGAUGAGACCAUCAUGAUAUAUAACGCUAGACACUAUGAGCCAAUCCUCUUGUUGGGUUCGCCUCUCGUCCUCAUAUAAACGCUUCAGCUCAUUACCAGCCCUCACAAGACCCAUCACACGGGUUCCCACUUACACGUGCCUCCCACCACACCACCACCACCACCAUCCUACAUAUCACCAACGUCACCGCCAGCUCUGUGAUCGAGCAGACCACACAUCAGCCAAGAUGACGUCCACUAUGCGCGCCCUCGUCACAACCGAGGACCACAAGGCCACCGUCAAGGAGAUCCCCAAGCCUACUCCCGGCGAGGGCGAGAUCCUCGUAAAAGUGCACUACGCCGCCCAGAACCCCACGGACUGGAAGGGCGUCGCCAGCGCUCCGCCCGGGGUGAUUGUGGGCUGCGACUUUGCCGGCACCGUCGCCUCGCCCUCGUCCCGGUGGCGCGAGGGCCAGCGGGUGGCGGGCUUCGUGUUUGGCAACAACCCGUCUCCCAAGCGUGGUGCGUACGCAGAGUACCUGGUCAUCGAGGAGACCCUGGUCUUCCCGAUCCCGAACUCCAUCUCGUUCGCCGAGGCCGCCACGGUGCCCUUGCCCCUCGCGACCGCAAGCCAGGCGCUCUUCCAGCGCCUCGGCCUCCCCGAGCCCAGCAAGCCCGCAAAGUCGGCGUUCCCCGUGCUCGUCAACGGCGGGACCUCUUCCGUGGGCAAGUACGCCGUGCAGCUGUGCAAGCUGGGCGGCCUGUACGUCAUCGCCACGGGCUCUCGCAAGAACCACGACCUGCUGACCUCGCUUGGCGUUGACGCCGUCGUGGACUAUGCGGACGACAACUGGCCUGAGAAGGUGCGCGAGCUGUCCCACGACAACCUCCAGCAUGCAUUUGACUGUAUCUCGGAGGAGAACACGACGCCCAAGGUUGCCCAAGCGCUAAGCUCCACCAAGGGAGGUCAUGUGCUAUGCAUCCUGCCGCGCAAGACGUCUGAGCUGCCGCAGGAUCUGCAGAGAAAGGUCAAGGUCGAGUCGACGAUUGUGUACACCGUGUUUGGCAGGCCCAUCAAGUACGGAACCUUUGAUAACUGCAGUGACAAGGACCCUCGGCCGCAGGACAAGGCGCACUGGGAGAAGGUGCUCUCUGAGGUGCCGGAGUGGCUGGAGUCUGGCAAGCUCAAGCCGAACCGGGUCAAGGAGGCCGGCGGGCUGGACGAUGUACUGGAGGGCUUCAAGCUGCAUCAGGAGGGUCGUGUCAGUGCCGAGAAGCUCGUGUACAAGAUUGCGUAGGAGGUUUACAUACACUUCAUAGCUAGUGUCUCACGGCGAGAAAAUAACGAGAUUAAUGAGCAAUACUGGAGGGUUAAGACUUCCCAUGAGCUGGAGGCCUCAUGUGGGGGUUCUUCCUUC